AUGCGUUUCCUCACCACCAUCGCCUUGGCCGUACUCACGGCCAGCGUAACCGCGGUACCUGUCGCGGUACUUCCCAGUCUUAUUCAUCCCCCAGUUCAUGUCUUCAGGGCUGACCCUGCUGCUGAAGCUGUCGAAGGGGAGCCCAACAUUGAAGCACGCGGUGAGAGCAUCGUCGAUGUCUCUGACUGGGAGAGAGAGCCAGAGAUUCAGACCAGAGACGAAGCCGCGAUUGAUGCCUGGGACCUGGAGCCAGAGACCCAACCGGGAGAUGCCCCUCGUCUACAAGCUAGAGACGAGACCGCUCUCGACAAGGUCAAUCUCGAGCCAGAAGUUGAAGCCAGAGAAGAGCCUCGGAUCAAAGCCAGGGACGAGGCCGCACUUGACAACUAUGAUUUGGAACCCGAGAUCCAGCUCAAUGACAAGCCUUCAAUCAAGGCCAGAGAUGAAGCUGCUCUAGACAACUUCGAUCUGGAGCCCGAAAUCCACGCCAGAGAUGAGCCUCAUAUUCAAGCAAGAAGCGAAGCUGCGGCCGCCGGAAUCGACCCAGACUACCACAUUGUGGAUGCCAGAGGCAUUACACCUGAGGACGACUGGAAGUACAGAGACAACCUAGCCAAGCUCAACGCCAACAAUUGCGGCAAGGACUGCUAUCGCUCCAUUAAUUCGUACCGCUCCAGGGUGUCCAGAGAACACAGGCCAUACUACGACCGGAGCACAGAUUACCAUGCCAACAACUUUGACCACCAUGAUAACUACGGCGUCCAAAGAUCUUCCCGGGCUUCGAGGGGCGAACACAACACGCCCGCGGAUGACUGGAAGUACAGAGACAACCUCGUCAAGCAGGACAACCACAACUGCGGUACUCACUGCGAGGCUUCUCUGAACUCGUACCGCUCUGUGGCAUCCAAGGAUUCGAGGCUCGCUCGGGAGAAGGAUUACCACAACUACAACCAUCAGGAUGACAAGUACAACAACUGGCACCCCAAGGAUUACCACACGACUGGCAAUGGCUAUAAUAAUCAUAACAACGGCCAUUAUGACGAUAGGACCCUCAGAACCAACACCUAUUACCCCAAGGAUCAUCAUCCCACUAACUACAAUGAUGUCCAUCACAACGAUUAUCAUGGCAACAACUAUCAUACCAACGGCAACGAUUAUCAUGGGAAAAAUUACCAUACGAAUGGCAACGAUUAUCACGGCAACAACUACCAUACAAAUGGCAACGGCUAUGACCAUCAUAACAACGGCCACGACUAUGGAGUGCAGAGAUCUUCGAGGGCGUCAAGGGGAGAGCACAACACCAGGCAGGAUGAGAUCAACCACAGGAAGAAUCACGAAAAGCUGGACGCGGGGCACUGUGGCAAAGGCUGCCAAGAUUCCAUUCACUCAUACCACUCGGUUGCAUCUGCAGACUCGAAGCGCUCUAGGCAGUCGAGGAACUCUCGUGGGAACCACGGUCACUGA